CUGUGUGUUGCAGUCCUGUGGCAUUAUGCACGCCCCCUACCAGUGACCCCCAGGCUUUUUAUGGCUGUGAGCCGUGUUAAAAGUUCCGGGGUAAGAAGUGACCUUUUGAGGUGACUAUAACUGAAGAUUGCUUUACAGAAGCCAAAAAAAAGGUUUUUGAGUCAUGAUGCAAGAAUCUGGGACUGAGACAAAAAGUAACGGUUCAGCCAUCCAGAAUGGGUCCACCGGCAGCAGCCACUUGCUAGAGUGUGGGAGUCUUCGGGACGGCCGGUCCAACGGGGAGACGCCGGCCGGGGACGUCGGGACAGCCGAUCUCGCCCACAUCCAGCAGCAGCAGCAGAAACAGCCAGAACCCAUCUACAGCGAGAAGACGGAAAUCCAAAGGCAGACAGUUCGAGCUCACUCCGUCAAACUCUUCAUUUUCUCUGCACUUCAAGUGGCAAGACAGCUCCUCCUUCAGCAGCAACAGCAGCAGCAAGUUAGUGGAUUAAAAUCUCCCAAGAGGAAUGACAAACAACCAGCUCUUCAGGUUCCCGUGUCAGUGGCUAUGAUGACACCUCAAGUUAUCACUCCCCAACAAAUGCAGCAGAUCCUCCAGCAACAAGUGCUGAGUCCUCAGCAGCUCCAGGUUCUCCUCCAGCAGCAGCAGGCCCUCAUGCUUCAACAGCAGCAGCUUCAAGAGUUUUAUAAAAAACAACAGGAACAGUUGCAGCUUCAACUUUUACAACAACAACAUGCUGGAAAACAGCCUAAAGAGCAGCAGCAGGUGGCUACUCAGCAGUUGGCUUUUCAGCAGCAGCUUUUACAGAUGCAGCAGUUACAGCAGCAACACCUCCUGUCUUUGCAGCGCCAAGGCCUUCUAACAAUUCAGCCUGGGCAGCCUGCCCUUCCCCUUCAGCCUCUUGCUCAAGGCAUGAUUCCAACAGAACUGCAGCAGCUCUGGAAAGAAGUGACAAGUGCUCAUACUGCAGAAGAAACCACAGGCAACAAUCACAGCAGUUUGGAUCUGACCACGACAUGUGUCUCUUCCUCUGCGCCUUCCAAGACCUCCUUAAUAAUGAACCCACAUGCCUCUACAAACGGACAGCUGUCAGUCCACACUCCCAAAAGGGAAAGUUUGUCCCACGAGGAGCAUCCCCACAGCCAUCCUCUCUAUGGACAUGGUGUAUGCAAGUGGCCCGGCUGUGAAGCAGUGUGUGAAGAUUUCCAAUCAUUUCUAAAACAUCUCAACAGUGAGCAUGCGCUGGACGAUAGAAGUACAGCUCAAUGUAGAGUACAAAUGCAGGUUGUACAGCAGUUAGAGCUACAGCUUGCAAAAGACAAGGAGCGCCUGCAAGCCAUGAUGACCCACCUGCAUGUAAAGUCUACAGAACCCAAAGCCGCCCCUCAGCCCCUGAAUCUGGUAUCGAGUGUCACACUCUCCAAGUCUGCAUCAGAGGCUUCUCCGCAGAGCUUACCUCAUACUCCGACGACCCCCACUGCCCCCAUCACUCCCGUCACCCAAGGCCCUUCCGUCAUCACCACUGCCAGCAUGCACACGGUGGGACCCAUCCGCAGGCGGUACUCAGACAAAUACAAUGUGCCCAUUUCCUCAGCAGAUAUUGCGCAGAACCAAGAAUUUUAUAAGAACGCAGAAGUUAGACCACCAUUUACAUAUGCAUCUUUAAUUAGGCAGGCCAUUCUUGAAUCUCCAGAAAAGCAGCUAACACUAAAUGAAAUCUAUAACUGGUUCACGCGAAUGUUUGCUUACUUCCGGCGCAAUGCAGCCACGUGGAAGAAUGCAGUGCGUCAUAAUCUUAGUCUUCACAAGUGUUUUGUGCGAGUAGAAAACGUUAAAGGGGCAGUAUGGACAGUGGAUGAAGUAGAAUUCCAAAAACGAAGGCCACAAAAGAUCAGUGGUAACCCUUCCCUUAUUAAAAACAUGCAGAGCAGCCACGCCUACUGCACACCUCUCAAUGCAGCUUUACAGGCUUCAAUGGCUGAGAACAGUAUACCUCUAUACACUACUGCUUCCAUGGGAAAUCCCACUCUGGGCAACUUAGCCAGCGCUAUACGGGAAGAGCUGAACGGGGCGAUGGAGCACACCAACAGCAAUGAGAGCGACAGCAGUCCCGGCAGAUCUCCUCUGCAAGCUGUGCAUCCUGUGCACGUCAAAGAAGAGCCACUUGAUCCAGAGGAAGCUGAAGGGCCUCUCUCCUUAGUGACAACGGCCAACCACAGUCCAGAUUUUGACCAUGACAGAGAUUACGAAGACGAGCCAGUAAAUGAGGACAUGGAGUGAAGGUGUGGGCCGGCCAGCCACCCCCGAGAGUUGAAGAUCGGGAACAAAACAAAACACGUCAAAAGUUAGCAGUGAAACCGUUCUCCAUUUGUUGUACAGUCUGGAGGAUUUUCACUACAUUUUGACAACUCUGAAAUGUGUUAACUCUUAGUGCCAUCAAGAAUCCCAUUUGGGAGUAUUUUUGAUUUUUCUACUUUUUGUUGAAAAAAGGAAUUUGUACUCUGUGCAUUGGAUGGACUUGUUUGGUACUUGGGAUUUUCCUCUCUUAACAGUCAACAUCAGUGUUGUAAAUUUGCUAAACUGAUUCACUUUUAGCAGCAGACUUUGAACUGCAGUCCUGCCACUGUCGGACGCCGAGGACACCCGAUUGAGCAUGUGCACCUAAGCUGCAGACCAAGCCUUUGCCCAGAAUUUAAGGAUUCCAAUGGACAACCUAUUUGCACAGUACUGCAUGUUGAUUAUCACUGCCUUUACUCCAUUAUGGUUUUUUUUGUUUUGUUUUGGGUUUUUUGUUUUGUUUUGUUUUUGCUUCCAGUUGAGAUGGGGAAGGCCUUUGUGUGUGUACUGGGGGAGGGGUUAAAAAUAAUUAUCCCGAACUUUUUAAUGUAUUGCUUUUUUUUUUUUUUUUUUUUUUUUUGCUUCUACUCUCCCUACGCUACCAUUUUAAGUUCUGACCUCAGGCCUCCAUUUGGGCCCAUGGCCUCUUGGAGGCGUAAAGUUUUCUGUACCUUGUGAUGAAUGUUAAUAGGUGUUUUUAUUAUACAAAGCUGAAUGUCAUUUCUCGUUUGUAGUUUUCUGUCACUCAUUCCAUUUCCCUUCAGAUAUCACCAUGUUUUCUCUCAAGUCAGAGAACAUUCCGUUUCGGUCUUUUUCAAAAAGGUCCCAAAUGCUGCACUCUACACAUGAAGGUCCUCACACAGACGUGAAGUCCUGCCAGAAAGAGAAUGAAUGACAGAAAAAAAAAAAAGAAAUAGACACACUUUCGAAACAAUGCAGAUUCAUUCCACAAAGCAGUAUUGGGUGUGGGAAGAGGGUUGUAGAUUUUUUUUUUUUUUUUUUGCAGCAACCAUCAUUCUUCUUAAAAGCCACAACAUUUACCAGCACGAGGAAGCAUAGGCAGCACAGGAGGAAAAAACCCUAUAAUAAUUAGACUGAGCAUACGGCAGUGGAAGGCUCCCCCUUAUAUAACCAAAUUGCUGUGGGCCGCGGGCUCUCUGUCUGCUGCGACCAGCAUUAGUUGCUUUGUUGCAAAAUGACCAAAAAGCUGGCUUCCCGAGCAAUGAUGUUGAAAGUAGGGCUGGUGCUGAAUUGAAACAUCAGUUCAGACCUGCUUGGUGGCAUUAAUUGUCUGAAUUCAAAUUAGAUAUCAGAUAGAACUUGGGACUGAGUUCAGCAAAUGCUAAAGUGUUAAUUUCAAUUGUGCAAAUUUUGUACUACAGAUCAGGUUGUCAUACAAUAUUAUCAAACCAACCCAGUAUAAAAAACAAACAGUAGAAGACAUCGAGUAGACUGGGGCUCAUCACAGCUCUGGUUUUUUUUUGUUUUUUUUUCCUUUUUGGGGGGGGGGGGCAGUGGCACAGCAUAUAGAACAUGAUGGUUCUAGAUCUAUCUGUAUCACCUCAGUCUGCAGAACCCCUAAACACUUGCAUUCUGCACCCAUUUUCCAAUUGCUCAUUUAUUUAUCUAAGAUUGUAGCUUUUGUUUGGUUUUAGUUUGAAAGCCUUUUGGAGCUUAAUUUAUAUUCUUUGUACCUUUUUUCUAAAAUUACCAAAGAUAUUAUACAAAGGUAAAUUAUGUUCUCUGUUUUAUGCUUUAUCUGAUGAAGCCAAAUAUCCUCUUAUUGUUGAUCAAAGGAGGUGAAAGAAUUUAGAGGCAAAUGAUGAGAGAUAGGCUAUUGCUAACCUGAGAGACAGAACUGCUCCUUCAUCAUAGAGUAAAUUUAGAAGACCAAGUAGAUAAUGGAACCAAAGUUGUUACUUUUUGUUAUUAGUGGUUUUGUUUUGUUAUCUCUACAGAGACCAAAACUCAUUCUUGUAAAGAGAAACUGUGGAGCUACUGAAGAUGAAAUUCGGACACAGUGUUAAAAGGAGCUACACAGGGAAAGGGAGUCCCCAUCUCAAAGGAAAAAAUCAAUGUAUGCCACUGAAAAUUAGUGUACCCAAUAAAGGAGGCAGUUAAAAUUCAGAGAGAUCAGAAAAGCUUCCACAGUCGAAUUGGACCAUGUAAUAGUAUUUCUAGAAUUAAAAAAUUUAGAAUGAUUAUAGGCCACUUUUGUUGAAGGACUCUGCUAUGAUCACUGCCUUAAUCUUGGUUUAUCUUGGCAUAUAUCCUCCCAUCUCCAUCCCCCCCACCCCUUCCUUUUUCCCUGUCCUUUUUUUUCUGAUUAGACUUUGGUCAGCAUUUUCUCAUUAAAAAAAAAAGAAUAAUAAUAAUUAAAAAAAAAAACACUCCUGUCCACUCAUAAGCUUGGUACAAAAACUUCUUUGGCAGUUAACUUUUGAAACUUCACUCUGCUUUCUGUACAAAGGGCAGUCUGUGGUCACUCAAGACUUUUUUUUUUUUUUUUUUUUUUUUAAAGUUAUCCAGGCAGCUUCAUGAUGUGCAGGCAGUAGCCAGACAGGGUCAUGGGAAGGGGGCCCUGUGCUUCUAAACUGAGUGGUUGCUGGUUAGUUUGGUAUUCAAAAGAGGAUAAAAAUCUGGUAGCUUAGUUCAUUCUCAGCAUGUGUAGCUAGACAUGAGUAAAGAUAACAGCAUGAGAAACUGUUAGUACGCAUACCUCAGUUCAAACCUUUAGGGAAUGAUGAAAAUUUAAAAAAAAAAUACAUUUCACUCAGUUGCACUUAGUCGUAUGUCUUGCAUGCUUAGUCUAAAGACUGUAGCAAAAAGAAAAAAAGAAAAAUUAGAUUUUACAUAUCUUUGCAGGUAUCACAGCCUUGCAGAAGAACCAACUGAAAAAAAAAUUCUCAGGCUUUACAGCAAGCAAACUUCACUAUGAUUUUUACAGUUCUGAUUCUGUAUCCCUUGGGGAUAUUCCAGUCGCUUCUUUAGGAUGGGGUUUAUUAUGUUGUACAUAUAUCCCAAUGUGUCUGUGUGAAUCUUUGUCUUUUUUGGGGGAGGGCAGAGGGCAGUUCUUUUUUUAAAUACUGUUCCUAAAAAGGAAUAAAUGCAUACACCUGUUUGUCAAAACACCUUUGCUUUUUGUGCAACUGCUUUAUAUUUAACAAUACUAAAAAAAUAGCUUUGAAAAAAAAAAACUACUGUAUGUAAUGGAAUUGCAGACUAUGCUGCACAUGUAUUUUAUUUAGUUAUCCUUGCUUUAAGAAUAUUGGAUGACAUUUCCUGACAUGUGGGAGGGAGAAACUCCCUUUUUUCUUUUUUGCAAAUUGUAACAUAGUUGACAGUUUUUUUUUUUCCUGUUCUCAUUGAUCAGAAUAUUUUGUACAGGUUUUUGUGUGUGUGCGUGCGUGUGUGUUAAGCUGUUUUUUUUGAUACAUUCCUACCCUGUUGUGUUUCUCCUACCACUGCCUUCCUGGCUAUCUUAAACACGUUCAUACGGUUGAAAAGAGAAAAAAAAAAUGUUGUUUAAAAAUGUUUUCUCCUGCUGCAGUAAAUAUUUUGCAUGAUGAAAUUCCAGGGUCACACUUUCAAAGUUUAUCAGUGAAGUAGUGGUUAAUAAUGGAGAGUGUCACAGCUAUCGAACUUUUGUAUUAAAAAGAAAACUACAAGGUGCCAAGAUGUAAGGACAAUUUGUUACUUUUCUUCCGCCCCCCCCCUCCCCCCAAAGAAGCAUGUACGUUAGGGAGGGAGUCCCGCGUGUCAGGCACAUGCCUGUCAGGAAUGAAGCUCAGCCUGCUUGUCCCGGGUCUCUACACGUGAGACAAGUUAGGCUGCUGCGUUUGACCAGCUUUGUAACGAAUCAUCAAGGCUUAUGUGCAUGAAGAGUGACCACCAACCCUGCCAACCUUCGGACAGCUCCAACGUGAAUCCCUGCAAUGUCACCCUAGUAAAGAAAACCUUGGAUUCUUAACCGCAAACAUGAUGUAAAUCAUUAGCUAUUUUAUCAGGAAAGAAAAAAAUAAAAGACCUAAAAAAUAUUUCCUCCACUUUCCACACUCCAGCUGAACUACGGUUUCAAGAGGCACAAAGAAGAAAGUGCUGACAAGGAUUUUGAAUUUUUUUUGGUACCUUUCGGUUAAUGGCAUACCAUCCUGAUAUCUUGGAUGCUUUGAAUGUCAGUGUCACUUUUUUUUUUUUAUCCUGAGAAUCAGAUUUACAAUUCCAAAGGCAUUUCGUGGGCUCAGCGUAGUUCACGCAGUCUCUGCUACCCGUCCACCCGUAAGCCCUGAUGAAAAUGGUACAGUCUGGACUGUGAGCCUGGUGCUCCGUGUAUUUGUGCUGCCAGUAACAAGGAUUUCUUUUUGUUUCGUUUUGUUUUGUUUUGAUAAGGCAUAAAAAAUUCAUUCCUUGACAUCAGCUGUAAUUCCAUCAUUCCAUGUCUGGAUACAGACAAUAAAAAAAAAAUGUUGUGUAGUCAGUACUAAUUACUGACAUUAUAGCAUUCUCAAAUGCAAUAAAAAUUCUGGUUGUUCACACUG